AUGAGGGGCCAGGCCGCUGCCCCGGGCCCCCUCUGGAUCCUCGGUCUGCUGCUGCUGCUGCUGGGGCGCCGGGCGCGUGCGGCCUCGGGGGCAGACGUGGGGCCCGGGUCCGAGCCGUGCGCCACGCUGGUGCAGGGCAAGUUCUUUGGGUACUUCUCAGCGGCCGCCGUGUUCCCAGCCAACGCCUCGCGCUGCUCCUGGACCCUGCGCAACCCCGAUCCACGGCGCUACACACUCUACAUGAAGGUGGCCAAGGCGCCUGUGCCCUGCAGCGGCCCCGGCCGCGUCCGCACCUACCAGUUCGACUCGUUCCUCGAGUCCACACGCACCUACCUGGGCGUGGAGAGCUUCGACGAGGUGCUGCGGCUCUGCGACCCCUCGGCGCCCUUGGCCUUCCUGCAGGCCAGCAAGCAGUUCCUGCAGAUGCGACGCCAGCAGCCGCCCCGGGACGGCGACCCCGGCCCCCCGGCUGGGCCCCCGGGCCCCGGCGACGACUUCUCCGUGGAGUACCUGGUCGUGGGCAACCGCAACCCCAGCCGGGCCGCCUGCCAGAUGCUGUGCCGCUGGCUGGACGCCUGUCUGGCCGGCAGCCGCAGCUCGCACCCCUGUGGCAUCAUGCAGACGCCCUGUGCCUGCCUGGGGGGAGACACCGGCGACCCUGCCUCCAGUCCCCUGGUGCCCCGCGGGGAUGUCUGCCUGAGGGACGGCAUGGCCGGUGGCCCUGAGAACUGCCUCACCAGCCUGACCCAGGACCGGGGCGGGGAUGGCGCCCCAGGCGGCUGGAAGCUGUGGUCCCUAUGGGGCGAGUGCACGCGGGACUGCGGGGGAGGCCUGCAGACGCGGACGCGCACCUGUCUGCCCGCGCCGGGCAUCGAGGGCGGCGGCUGCGAGGGGGUGCUGGAGGAGGGCCGCCUAUGCAACCGCAAGGCCUGCGGCCCCGCCGGGCGCACCAGUUCCCGGAGCCAGUCGUUGCGGUCCACGGACGCCCGGCGGCGCGAGGAGCUGGGGCACGAGCUGCAGCAAUUUGGGUUCCCAUCCCCGCAGACAGGUGACCCCGCGGCCGAGGAGUGGUCCCCAUGGAGCGUGUGCUCCAGCACCUGCGGCGAGGGCUGGCAGACCCGCACGCGCUUCUGCGUGUCCUCCUCCUACAGCACGCAGUGCAGCGGGCCCCUGCGCGAGCAGCGGCUGUGCAACAACUCCGCGGUGUGUCCAGUGCACGGCGCCUGGGAUGAGUGGUCGCCCUGGAGCCUGUGCUCCAGCACCUGUGGCCGCGGCUUCCGGGACCGUACGCGCACCUGCAGGCCGCCCCAGUUCGGAGGCAACCCCUGUGAGGGCCCCGAGAAGCAAACUAAGUUCUGCAACAUCGCCUUGUGCCCUGUGGAUGGAAACUGGAACGAGUGGUCGAGCUGGAGCACGUGCUCCGCCAGCUGCUCCCAGGGCCGGCAGCAGCGCACGCGGGAGUGCAACGGGCCUUCGUACGGGGGCGCCGAGUGCCAGGGCCACUGGGUGGAGACCCGAGACUGCUUCCUGCAGCAGUGCCCAGUGGAUGGGAAGUGGCAAGCCUGGGCGUCGUGGGCCGGCUGCAGUGUCACCUGCGGGGGCGGCACGCAGCGCCGGGAUCGGGUCUGCUUGGGGCCCUUCUUCGGGGGAGUGGCCUGCCAGGGCCCGCAGGAUGAGUACCGGCAGUGCAGCCCCCAGCGGUGUCCCGAGCCCCAUGAGAUCUGUGAUGAGGACAACUUUGGCGCUGUGAUCUGGAAGGAGACCCCCGCAGGAGAGGUGGCCGCAGUCCGGUGUCCUCGCAAUGCCACGGGCCUUAUCCUGCGACGUUGUGAGCUGGACGAGGAGGGCAUUGCCUACUGGGAGCCCCCCACCUACAUCCGCUGUGUCUCCAUCGACUACCGAAACAUCCAGAUGAUGACACGGGAGCACCUGGCGAGGGCGCAGCGCGGGCUUCCCGGGGAGGGCGUCUCUGAGGUCAUCCAGACGCUGGUGGAGAUCUCCCAGGAUGGGACCAGCUACAGCGGCGACCUACUCUCCACCAUCGAUGUCCUCAGGAACAUGACCGAGAUCUUCCGGAGGGCAUACUACAGCCCCACCCCCGGGGAUGUGCAGAACUUUGUCCAGAUCAUCAGCAACCUGUUGGCGGAGGAGAACCGGGACAAGUGGGAGGAGGCCCAGCUGAUGGGCCCCAAUGCCAAGGAGCUGUUCCGGCUGGUGGAGGACUUCGUGGACGUCAUCGGCUUCCGCAUGAAGGACUUACGGGAUGCGUACCAGGUGACAGACAACCUGGUCCUCAGCAUCCACAAGCUCCCGGCCAGCAGAGCCACAGACAUCAGCUUCCCCAUGAAGGGCUGGCGGGCCACGGGCGAUUGGGCGAAGGUGCCGGAGGACAGGGUCACUGUGUCCAAGAGCGUCUUCUCCACCGGGCUGGCAGAGGCAGAUGACUCGUCUGUGUUUGUGGUGGGCACCGUCCUCUACCGAAACCUGGGCAGCUUCCUGGCCCUGCAGAGGAACACGACUGUCCUGAACUCCAAGGUCAUCUCGGUGACCGUGAAGCCGCCACCCCGCUCCCUGCUCACACCCCUGGAGAUUGAGUUUGCCCACAUGUACAAUGGUACCACCAACCAGACCUGUAUCCUGUGGGAUGAGACGGACAUUGAUGAAAGCCUCGGGCCCUGGUCGUGGCGCGGCUGCCGCACGGUGCCCCUCGACGCCCUCCGGACGCGCUGCCUCUGUGACCGGCUCUCCACCUUCGCCAUCUUAGCCCAGCUCAGCGCCGACGCGAACAUGGAGAAGGUGAUCGUGCCGUCGGUGACGCUCAUCGUGGGCUGCGGCGUGUCGUCCCUGACCCUGCUCAUGCUGAUCAUCAUCUACGUCUCCGUGUGGAGGUACAUCCGCUCAGAGCGCUCCGUCAUCCUCAUCAAUUUCUGCUUGUCCAUCAUCUCCUCCAACGCCCUCAUCCUCAUCGGGCAGACCCAGACCCGCAACAAGGUGGUGUGCACGCUGGUGGCCGCCUUCCUGCACUUCUUCUUCCUGUCCUCCUUCUGCUGGGUGCUCACCGAGGCCUGGCAGUCCUACAUGGCCGUGACGGGCCGCCUCCGGAACCGCCUCAUCCGCAAGCGCUUCCUCUGCCUGGGCUGGGGGCUCCCUGCACUGGUCGUGGCCAUUUCCGUGGGAUUUACCAAGGCCAAAGGGUACAGCACCGUGAACUACUGCUGGCUCUCCCUGGAGGGGGGACUGCUGUAUGCCUUCGUGGGACCGGCCGCCGCUGUCGUGCUGGUGAACAUGGUCAUCGGGAUCCUGGUGUUCAACAAGCUCGUGUCCAAAGACGGCAUCACGGACAAGAAACUGAAGGAGCGGGCAGGUCAGCUGCCCCAGGCCCCCCUCGGGCGUGCCCUCAAAUGUGCUGAGUGUGGAGCCCUCUCUGCGGCCGACGCCACCUCUGAAGCCGCCAGUAACGCCAUGGCCUCGCUGUGGAGCUCCUGCGUGGUGCUGCCGCUGCUGGCGCUGACCUGGAUGUCGGCCGUGCUCGCCGUCACCGACCGCCGCUCCGCGCUCUUCCAGAUCCUCUUCGCUGUCUUCGACUCGCUGGAGGGCUUCGUCAUCGUGAUGGUGCACUGCAUCCUGCGGAGAGAGGUCCAGGAUGCUGUGAAGUGCCGCGUGGUCGAUCGCCAGGAGGAGGGCAACGGGGACUCGGGCGGCUCCUUCCAGAAUGGCCACGCCCAGCUCAUGACCGACUUCGAGAAGGACGUGGAUCUGGCCUGUAGAUCAGGUGAGCGCCUGACAGUGCUGAACAAGGACAUCGCGGCCUGCCGCACAGCCACCAUCACAGGCACGCUCAAGCGGCCGUCGCUGCCGGAGGAGGAGAAGCGGAAGCUGGCCCACGCCAAGGCGCCGCCCCCCAACUUCAACAGCCUGCCGGCCAACGUGUCCAAGCUCCACCUGCACGGCUCGCCCCGCUGCCCGGGCGGCCCCCUGCCCGACUUCCCCAACCACUCGCUGACCCUCAAGAAGGACAGGGCGCCCAAGUCCUUCAUCGGCGACGGGGACAUCUUCAAGAAGCUGGACUCGGAGCUGAGCCGGGCCCAGGAGAAGGCCCUGGACACGAGCUACGUGAUCUUGCCCACGGCCACGGCCACGCUGCGGCCCAAGCCCCAGGAGGAGCCCAAGUACAGCAUCCACAUCGACCAGAUGCCCCAGACGCGCCUCAUCCACCUCAACAUGGCCCCAGAGGCCGGACUUCCCGCCCGCAGCCCGCCCUCCCGCCAGCCCCCUGAGGCGCCCCCCGCCCAGCCCCCACCACCGCCCCCGCCACCCCCACCCCCCCAGCAGCCUCUGCCCCCACCGCCCACCCUGGAGCCGGCACCCCCCAGCCUGGGGGAGCCCGGAGAGGCCGCCGCCCACCCAGGGCCCAGUGCCGGGACUGGGACCAGGAACGAGAAUGUCUCCACCUUGUCCGUGAGCUCCCUGGAGAGGCGGAAAUCGCGGUACGCAGAACUGGACUUUGAGAAAAUCAUGCACACGCGCAAGCGGCACCAGGACAUGUUCCAGGACCUGAACCGGAAGUUGCAGCACGCAGAGAAGGACAAGGAGCCGCUGGGCCCGGAGAGCAAGCAGCCAGAAAAGCAGCAGACGCCCAACAAGCGGCCCUGGGAGAGCCUUCGGAAAGCCCAUGGGACGCCCGCGUGGGUGAAGAAGGAGCUGGAGCCCCUGCCGCCGACCCCACUGGAGCUGCGGAACGUGGAGUGGGAGAAGUCGGGCGCCACGAUCCCGCUGGUGGGCCAGGACAUCAUCGACCUCCAGACUGAGGUCUGAGCGGGUGGGUGGCGGCCACGCACCGGGCCACGGAGGAGGGAUGCUGCUCUGCCCGCUCCUGCCGCAGGACGGGCACAGACACGCUCGCGGGCGGCGGGCCAGGCCCGCGCCCCAGCCUCAGGGCGCUCGGACGGCGGCCAGGCAGAGGCCCGCAGUGCUGGGACCAGAGCCAGACAGGACAGGAGGUGGCGGCGGCCCAGGCGGGCACAGGGCUCCAGAGGCCAGAAGGUGCCUCAGACUCUGCCCUCCUCAAGCCCAGCCCCGGCGGGCGGGCGGGCGAGCGGGCAGGCGCGGCCAGCAGCCAGACUGGCGCGGACAGCAUCCCUGGACGUCCGCCUGAGCUGCUGCGACAGAGGACCAGCCUGCUUGGCCCAGCGGGCCCGGCACCGUUUUUUAGACACCCCCACCCCUCCGGAAGCAGCCAACCCCCACCCCUCCAGGGCCCGGGGCCCCUCCCCAGCCCGGGCGAGAGCACAGCCCUCUCACUUGCACCGCCCUCGGGGGCGGGACUAGAAGCCCACUCCAGGAAGAAGCAGGGUGGGGAAUCUAUUUUUUCUCUCCUUUUCUUUUCUUCAAUAAAAAGAAUUAAAAAACCA